AUGCCGCCAUCACUACCAAGAGUUUUUCUCCGGCCUUCGAGUCUCGCAGCGCGGUCAUGUCUGCGAUCCAUCGCCCGCCCCAAAACCCUCGCCCGCCCCGGUGCGACAGUAACACCACCAACACCAUCAUCCUCCUCCUCCUCCCGCAACAUCACCACCCGCGCAUUCCACACCACCCGGCGCACCAGCGCCUCUGAACCCGCACCCGAUUUCGUCUCCAUAGUCGAUAACCCCCCGGACCUUGUCCGCGCAGGCCGCCGCCACGGCCCGGGCCUUAUCAUCCUCGCCCUGAUCCCCAUCACCGCCUUCGUCCUUGGCACCUGGCAGGUUCAGCGCCUUGGCUGGAAGACGGACCUCAUCGCCAAGCUCGAGGACCGCCUCGUCCGCGACCCGCUACCCCUCCCGCCCCGAAUAGACCCGGCCGCCGUCGCUGACUUCGACUACCGCCGCGUCUACGCCACCGGCCGCUUCCGCCACGACAAGGAAAUGCUCAUCGGGCCGCGCAUGUGGGACGGCGAGCAGGGAUACAUGGUCGUCACGCCGCUCGAGCGCGAGGGCGACGGCACCACGGUGCUGGUGAACCGCGGGUGGAUUGGCAAGGACAUGGCCGACCAGCGGAAGCGCCCGGCAAGCGCCUUGCCGCGCGGCGAGGUCACCGUCGAGGGCCUGCUACGCGAGCCAUGGAAGAAGAACAUGUUCACGCCGGAUAACCGCCCGGACCGCUGGGAGUUUUUCUUCCCCGACGUGCACCAGAUGGCGGAGCUGACAGGGAGUCAGCCUAUUUGGAUUGAGGCUACUAUGGACCACGAGUUCUUCCGUGUCAUAGACCUCAAGUCCAAGGGUAUUCCUAUCGGGAGAGCCGCCGAAGUGAACCUGCGGAAUAACCAUGCCCAGUACAUCUUCACAUGGUACGGGCUCGCGUUUGCCACCUCGAUUAUGCUGUGGAUGGUCGUCAAGAAGCCUCCUUCUGACAUCUCGAAACGGGUGCGUAUGAACAAGCAUUGGUAA